UUCCCUCCGUCUCCACAGUGCCGUCGACUUCCUGAACGUGAUGACGUCAGACAUGACCGGGUACUUUGCGCAAAAGACGCCGUCCUUCCAAACGCCGGGAGCCGCCUUCCAGUCGGCCUCCUUCGCAAUGAAAUACUGGAAGAUGGCGAGCGCGCUACCCGGAAAGCUCAACAUGGGAAUCGGAGCGUUUGGACGCGUUUUCACUUUGGACCCCUCGGGCCAGGUUGAGCCGGUGCAGGGCAGCCUGACCGAUUUACCCGCCGGCAUCUGGUCCCGUUAUGAGGUGUGCUCUUUCUCCGCUUCAGCAGAUAUUUGGUUUGCCUUUGACAAAAAAACUGACAUUGAUGCAAAGGUACCCAAAUCAAAGCAAGUCAUCAAAAUGUGGCGAAAUGUCGUGCGUGCAGCGCAUAUAUUCAUCGUGUGCUUUUUCUUGUUCUCAUGGUCAUGCAGGUGCAAGUCAUUCAAAGUGAAGGCCUUGCCGGAGCCUUUGUCGUGUCUAUGGACCUGGAUGACUUUGACGGAAACUCCUGCACCGACACCAACGAUCUGCACCGACCUUAUGCCGUCACCGACCGUGUGCACGCCCAAUUAAACACCACCGUAAACCCCUCCGUCUAAUCAAACGGCCAAUCAAACAUCGAAACGGAGGUGGGGCCAACGGCGGCGGCAUCCUCCUUUGGGUUCACAGAAUG